GUAGUAGCUCAUAUAGUUCUUGGGAAUUGAUUUGAACGUUCAUGAAGUUCUGGCUGCGGUAACUAUUGUUUACUUCUUAAUCUAAUAAAUACAGCCAUAUAUUCAGUAAUAUAUUAGAAGUAAGUCUUAAGGGUCAAGUAAGUCAAAGUUUUUGUUUUUUGAAUGAUUUUUCAAGAAGACGUCAUCAAAAGAGGUAAGAAAUAUGUAUGACCUUUUAAACUGUGAAGCUUUGAGUUCAAUAAUCAAAGCAGGUUAGCAGCAUUAAACUAAAAAAAUAGUGUGUAUGACGAACAUACACACUUUUGAGUCACCGUUUGCGUAACCGUAGCAUUCCUGUCAGUGCAAACCUUUCUUGCCAUUUGUCAACAAAAAAUCUUGCUCCAUUUUUUUGUUGUUGUUUUUACACAAUUCUGUGUAAACUCUCUUUAGAAAUCCUCAGACCAGCCCAUUUGAUACCGAUAACAAUGCUAUAGAUCUCAGAGAUCACAUUUUUACCCCUUUCUGAGGUUUGGGGUGAAUAUUAUACUAUAGCUCGACCGAUAGAUUUUCUGAAUUCUCACCAUUCUGUAAUGAAAUUCAAAAGACAGAUAGAUUUGAAACUAUUACACAUACAUAUUAAAUGUAGCAUUUUAAAAAAAAAAAAAGUUUGUGUAUAAUAUACAUUUGACAUUCGUAAUAUAACAAAACAUUUUCACGUCACUGGUUCAGCUGCAGCAUUCAUUCGCCUCAGUGGGUUCUUGACUUCCUGUGGUAAAGACCUCAGAUGUUAAGAUUGUGCGGCUGAUUGAAACAAAUGUUUGUGAAAGCUUUUCCUGCGGACUUUUUUUUCUUUUUUCUUCUUCUUUUUUAACUCGCAGCCAGAAUUAGAAGUUCGACUUGGUUUCAGCAGCUUGACAAGGUAUCAGCAAGGUGAAGCUAGGAAACGACAUGAAUGACUCCUUGGACGAAGACUAUUCAUAUGACUAUGACAUUGAUUUGUCUGGAACAUCAAUUAAAUCAAUUGAAGUAGCAUCGCUUGUGUUCUACUGCCUAACAUGCUUCCUUGGAGUUCCUGGGAAUGCCCUUGUAGUAUGGAUUGCAGGAGUGAAGAUGAAGAGGACCAUUAACACCAUCUGGUUUCUGAACCUGGCCAUCGCCGACCUCCUGUGCUGCCUGUCCAUACCUUUUACCGUGGCUGUAAUCCUUCUAAAGCAUGACUGGCCUUAUGGAGACGCUAUGUGCAAAGUCCUACCCACGAUCAUUGUCAUCAACAUGUUUGCCAGCGUCUUUACCCUGAACCUCAUCAGCCUGGAUCGCUUUAUCCAGGUUGUUAAACCAGUGUGGGCUCAGAACAACCGUACGAUCAGGUUAGCAUGGAUAUGCUGCGCUUUGGCAUGGGCACUGGCCAUACUCCUCAGCCUUCCGAAUCUAAUCCUACGAAAAACGUUCACAUCAGAGACCUUUAACAUGACCAUCUGCAUGUUCAGUAGCAGAAAUACUACAAAUAUAGAUGAAUUCAGCUCCGACAAAGAUGCCUCUUACAGGGCGCUAACCAUGGCCCGGUUUGUGCUAGGCUUCCUCAUACCACUCCUGUCCAUUGUGUUUUGCUACAGUGGAAUCAGCCGGAAGGUUAUGAGCAGCCAAUUUCAUGCAGGAAGAGCAUUCCGUAUCAUGUUGGCUGUCGUGGUGGCAUUUUUUCUCUCCUGGUUUCCCUACCAUGUGGUGGGUCUGUUGGAGGUUUAUGGUGGGACACAAGAAGCCACACUAGCUGAAGACCUUGAUCCCCUGGUCAUCUCUUUCGCAUAUGCCAACAGUUGCAUGAACCCAAUAUUCUAUGUGUUUGUGGGGCAGGACUUUAAAGAGAAAGUCAAACUCUCGCUGAGACGGGUCUUCGAGAAGGCGUUUAGCGAAGAUAACACGAUGAGUUCCAAAGGACAACAGUCGUACUGCACCAACUCCUCAAAUGCCCAGCUGUGACCGUGACAAGGAGCAUAUUUUUAUGCUUAUGUUUGUGUAGUGAGUAAUAUCUUUAACAAUCCGUAUAAUUAACCCAAUCGGUAAUGACAUGAUAAUCAGAGCUCACUUUCAUCUUUCACUAGUCUCUUUGUACGACUACUAUUGACUGUAGUGCCGAAAGGGAUUAAUCCCUUGUUUUUACCCAAAGAGAGUGAUGCAGCGGCACUUUAAUCCUUUAUCCUUUUCUUUUCAAUUAAUAUAUACUUCAUUAUUUUACUAUUUUUGUAUAAUUUAAUUUUUUUUUAUAAUUUUCCUAUAGUUUAAACAUAGGAAUAGGAAUAAUCGAUGUAAUUUAAGUUUAUUAUAAAUACAUUUACAUUUGUUAAUGUAUACUGUAUGGAUUAACAUUUUUUGUGAUAAGUUAGACAACAUUGUUUAAUGGUUUUUCAUUAUAAUUUCAUUUUUAAUGCUAAUUAAUUAAUCAGAUUUAUCAGGUUCACAUGGAUUCUAUUGGUCUGACAGGUUCAUGUUUUCACAUGAAUAACACGGGUUUGAAAUGAGGUGCACUUUUAAGAUGCAUUCCUUUGACAUGAAUGGAGUCCUGAUUUCAUCAGAAAGGAUUCCAGGAUGUUAAUGUUGUGUUAGUGACGCACAUCCGAUCUGCAUUCUUGGACAGUUUGUCGGAUUCGGGGACUUUGAGAUUUUAAUCGUUCUUGAGUAUGUUUUUGGACAUGCACUGGUUCAGUUUGACUCAACAUGACUCAGAUUAAUAGUGUCAUUAAAAAUGGUGGGUGUUUUUUUUGUGUGUGUCUAAAUGUCUUCUAGUUAUUUCUAGCAUGCAGGCACAGACACCUUGAUAUAUGGCAUAAAGUCUGAAAGUAAGCUCUCUUGAAUUCUUAGAAAUGUAAAUAAAGCAUUAUAUAAUCAGUUAUAAAGUGUAACUAUAAUAAAUUUCUGAAAUAACAAAA